GAGCAGAACUCCCGAAAUUCCUGAGCGCGCGGUCGGUGUGAAUUUGCGUUCCGACAGUCCGGUGGUCAAUCAGAAAAGUGCGGACAAGGUAUCUCAUUUCACGUCCAUCCGGUGACACGUGGCUUCACGGCUAGAUUUGAAGUUGAUCAAGUGCCAAGAGUUGUAAAUCAUUGUCGCAGUAGGCUAAAGGUUGGCUGGUGAUGAUGUUCGGACAGGCUCGACAGAUUAUCCGAAUCGGUGUAAAUCUAAUCCGAGGCGUGGUCUCCUCAGAUCAUAGAACCGUUUCAGUGCGGGUAUAAAUCUAGUGAGAUCGUAAAAAAUGGCGGUCGUUAAAUUUCAUGACGCGUUGUGAAAAUAAUGCGAGCAGCAUUGUGUCCAACAAUUGGGAUUUACCGCGUGGGAGGAUUUUGGGUACGGGCCUCAAGCGACAGAAGCUGCGCAAGUAACAAUAAGUUCCACAACAAUCGUCUGACCCUCCGUAAAAAUGGACUCCUGGAGUCAGAUCAACAUAUGCUCAAGCCUAAUCCGCGAGGGCAGCUUCACCGAGAGCUACCGCGCCUUCCGGCGAACCAUCAUCUACGGGCUGAACUUUUCCACGUCCAUCGAAAAACUACCGGACAAGGUCAUUUUGCACAUCUUCUCGUACCUGAGCCACCUGGAGAUAUGUCGCAUGGCGAUGGUCUGCAGACGCUGGCGUACGAUCGCGUACGAUACCAAGCUGUGGAGGAACGUGUCGCUGCGACCGGAAGUGUCCGGGCUGCACGUCGGUUCGCUCGAGCAGCUGCUCCAGAUGGUCUCGGUUCGAUUCGGAGCUUCGCUGCGCUACAUCGAGCUGCCGAUCGAGCUGAUCACGCACACCGUGCUGCACGAGCUGGCCAGCAAGUGUCCCAACUUGACCCAUAUGCUGCUGGAUUUCUCAACUGCUAUGCAGCUGCACGAUUUCAGCGAGAUGCAGGCCUUUCCGGCGAAGCUGCGCUACAUGUGCAUCUGCCUGUCCGAGGUCAUUUUCAUGGAGGGCUUUAUGCGCAAGAUCUACAACUUUAUCAACGGUCUUGAGGUACUGCACCUGAUCGGAACGUAUGAAAAGUGUGAAGAGGAAGAGGAAGAAGUGUACGAGGUCGUGAACGUGCACAAGAUGAAGUCCGCUACGCCGAACCUGCGCGUCAUCAACCUGUACGGAAUCAACUUCAUUGACGACUCCCACAUCGAUGCGUUCAGCUCGAACUGCAUCCAGCUGGAGUGUCUCGCGGUCAACUUCUGCAGCAAGGUUACCGGAUCGACACUUAAAGCUCUGCUCGCUCGCUCCAAGCACCUCAAGUGUCUGCUCAUGAACGGAACCGAUCUAAAGUCCGAGUUUGUUAUGCAAGCUGAGUGGGACAAGUGCUCCGUUCAGGAGCUGGACAUCUCCGGUACCGAUCUGACCUCCGAGUGCCUGAUCGACAUGGUUACUCGUGUUCCCACCUUGCGCUUCCUAAGCGCCGGUCAGAUCAACGGUUUCAACGAUUCCGUCCUGAAGGCGUGGAUGGAGAGUGGAAUGGCGAAGAGCUUGAUCUCGCUCGACCUGGACUCGUCGGACAACAUCUCCGACGAAAUGCUUGGGCGCUUCAUCGGACGCUACGGUGGCCAACUGCAGGCCUGUGUCCUAUCCGGCAUGACCCACAUUACCGAUCAGCUGUGGAUGACGAUCCUGCCCACGCUGGUGAACGUGAAGAUCGCCGUAAUGGGAACGACCGAGCGGCUGGGCGGUAACAUCCACGUGGAUCAGCUGAUGGAUACCAUCGGUUCGUCCUGUCCGAAGCUGGAACGGCUGGAGCUGCGCUGGGAUCCGGAGAAUUUGCGUUUCUCCGACAAGAGCCAGAAGGCGAUCGAUAUGUUGCGCGUCAAGUGCUCGAAGCUGCGCUGUAUGGUGCUGAGCGACGGCCGUUACUACGAAACUGUCAAGGCCAACUUUGAGCGUGCGGAUCGGCUGACGGUGGUCCGCACGACGACCAGCUGCCGCGUGUCCGCGUACCACGUGCUCAGCAACUACAACGAGCUGAUCUUCAACUGAGGUGCAUUCUUUGCUAUUCUUUCAUGCAGAAGAGAAAUGUUUUAAGUGUUUUUAUAUUUAUUUAAUCGUUACAUGUUACUACAAGCCCAAACACCCAAGUGAAAUAGAUGCAAACAAACCAAAUGAUCAAUAGAAGGAGGAAUAUUUUGUAAAUUUUUACCCCAUUUCAAAGUAAUAAAAAGACGGAUUGUUGUUAAAGUGUGUA